GACCACGGAACAGCAGAGUGGUCCCAGGAGGCCACCUGCUUGACCAACUGCUCCGCCACAACUUCAAGUGCUCGAUGAGCUAUUCGAGAGCCGUUGAAUCAGAUCGUUAACAGCACUGCUGAUUGUGACUGCUGGAACAUACUGCAAGCAAUCCAUGUUCCCUGCAGAAGAGACAGAAUGAGAGCCAUAUCAUACAGCAUGUUGUAAAAUACUCGGGUGUUUGAGGACGGUGCUCAGCAAGCGAUAAGGAAAAAAUAAAAUCAAACUGAACAGAUACUAGCCGACAUCCAGGAAAUUGGAUCAGUUCUGUUUUUUUGAUAUCUUGGACGCUACAUUAUGGCUGUGUGAUGGACUAUUAGAAUGAGGAAAGGCUUUUUAUCACAAUAGCAUUGAUGCUAUGUUUGGAUGGAGCUUUCACGGGAGAAAAUCAGGCUGCUGAAUUUGUUCCCUGAUGUCUAUUAACAGUGGCCCAGGGCUAUGCUGAAAUUUAUAUCCUAUUUGUAUUGUUGCAGUCCAAAAGAAGAAUUUACAGAGGAUGACAAGUGUAUUCUGAGUAGAUCUCUAGUUGAAGAGGAGGAUCCUCAUCUAAAAGUGUCUUUGGCAAGUGGAGACAUGGGUGUGACAACCCAUUUGCAGUCUUCAAAGACAGGCAAUACUCGCUUCUUCACGAGCAAUACCCAUAGUUCUGCAGUGCUACAGGGAUUUGACCAACUCCGAAUUGAAGGUUUACUCUGCGAUGUUACCUUGGUGCCAGGGGACGGUGAUGAAGUAUUUCCAGUCCAUAGAGCAAUGAUGGCCUCCGCCAGUGACUAUUUUAAGGCAAUGUUCACAGGUGGAAUGAAAGAGCAGGACCUGAUGUGCAUUAAACUUCAUGGAGUGAAUCAGAUAGGGCUUAAGAAAAUUAUUGAUUUUAUUUAUACUGCAAAGCUCUCCCUGAACAUGGACAAUCUCCAAGAUACUUUGGAAGCAGCUAGCUUUCUGCAAAUUUUGCCUGUCUUGGAUUUCUGUAAAGUAUUCCUUAUAUCAGGGGUAUCACUUGAAAAUUGUGUUGAGGUUGGAAGAAUCGCCAAUACCUAUAACUUGACAGAAGUAGAUAAAUAUGUAAAUAACUUCAUUUUGAAGAAUUUCCCAGCACUGCUGAGUACUGGUGAAUUUAUGAAACUUCCGUUUGAGCGACUUGCCUUUGUGCUUUCAAGCAACAGCCUCAAAAAUUGCACUGAACUUGAACUUUUCAAGUCUGCCUGCCGUUGGUUGAGAUAUGAGGACACACGGAUGGAUUUUGCCUCAAAGAUAAUGAAGAAUGUUAGGUUUCCACUAAUGUCACCACAGGAGUUAAUUAAUCAUGUUCAAACAGUGGAUUUCAUGAGAACAGACAACAUUUGUGUCAAUCUAUUAUUGGAAGCCAGUAACUAUCAGAUGAUGCCAUACAUGCAACCUGUUAUGCAGUCUGAGAGAACCUGUAUCCGUUCAGAUAACACACACUUAGUAACCUUGGGUGGAGUACUGAGACAACAGCUGGUUGUGAGCAAAGAGCUAAGAUUGUAUGAUGAAAAGGCCCAUGAGUGGAAAUCAUUAGCUCCUAUGGAUGCACCAAGAUACCAGCAUGGCAUUGCAGUGAUCGGAAACUUCCUUUACGUUGUAGGUGGGCAGAGCAAUUACGAUACAAAAGGAAAGACUGCAGUUGACACUGUCUUCAGAUAUGACCCUCGGUACAACAAAUGGAUGCAAGUAGCAUCCUUAAAUGAAAAGCGUACUUUCUUCCACCUAAGUGCUCUAAAAGGACACCUUUACGCAGUCGGUGGUAGAAAUGCAGCUGGAGAAUUGGCUACUGUGGAAUGCUACAAUCCAAGAACUAAUGAAUGGAAUUAUGUGGCUAAAAUGAAUGAACCUCAUUAUGGACAUGCUGGAACUGUUUAUGGCAGCUACAUGUAUAUUUCAGGUGGGAUUACCCAUGAUACCUUUCAAAAAGAACUCAUGUGCUUUGAUCCUGACACAGACAAAUGGACUCAGAAAGCUCCCAUGACCACUGUUCGGGGAUUGCAUUGCAUGUGCACAGUUGGAGAUCGACUUUAUGUCAUUGGGGGGAAUCACUUCAGAGGAACCAGUGAUUACGAUGAUGUCUUGAGCUGUGAGUUCUACACCCCUGCCUUGGACCACUGGACCCCAAUCGCAGCCAUGUUGCGAGGGCAAAGUGAUGUAGGUGUGGCAGUCUUUGAAAACAAGAUCUACGUGGUGGGAGGGUAUUCCUGGAACAACCGCUGCAUGGUGGAGAUAGUUCAGAAGUACGAUCCUGAGAAAGAUGAAUGGCAGAAGGUCUUUGAUCUCCCUGAGUCAUUGGGAGGAAUCAGAGCAUGCACUCUUACAGUCUUUCCACCAGAUGAGAAUACUGGGUCACCUUCCCGAGAAUCACCUCUAUCUGCACCAUAGAAAAAGGACACAACUGCUCUAAUGUCAGCUUUUACAAAGAACUUAUUUGCACUGCAUCAUAAUUAAUAUCAAAGAUUUUCUGCCUAUUUUGCUCAGUAGUAACUAUGGUAGGCGGUGACCUGAGUGUAAUUACAGAAACAGUAGAUCGAGUUAUUUGUGCAGUACUGUCGGCAUCGGUUGUCUGCCAGUUACAGGAGAGACAUAACAAAAUAUAUAUGUCCAGGAUUGAACUCUGUCUGAAAUGUUCAAUGAUAUAACUGUUAUACAGUGUGUUCUUUUUCCCUUAGAGAGUUCCAUUACAGAGGGUCUUCCUCUCAUUUAAAAUAGUCAAAUAAUUAACCUCUACAUGCAUAUUCAUUACCAUGGGGUUCAAAACGUAAGAACUAAUUUAAUACAGUACAUAUAGAUGUGGGAAGAAACCCCCUCAUGUUGCUGUUUCCCAUUAAAAUACUGACUUUGAUUAAUCAGUUGCCCAACCUAUUUGAAGUUGCUAAGCAAAACUCUUUUUGGUAUCUUCAGUUGAACAGAACUCUGUUUGAUUCCAGUGUGCAGUAUUUGUGCUACCAUCAUUUCACCUGCUGAAUUUGAAGAGUGGCCCAGUUUAAUUUAACUCUGGUCAGCUCCAGCCUACUCCUCGUUUGCUGUACAGGCCACUAACCUGCUACGCCUGUACACCUUGUUUGAUGAAGUUAUUUAACCCACUUUGUGGUAACAAUAGGAGAGCUGCUGCAGCUCAGUCAACAUGAACUAUGAUGCUCAAAAGUUUUUUCUUCAAUAAAAGUUUAAUUGAAUUCAUCAGGUCA